GUUUACUUGUUUGUUUUCAUUUAAGCAAUAGUUUGAAAAAAAUUAACCAUACCCUAUUCUUACAUUCUUGAUAAAAGUUUUGGCUCAACUUUAAGCUUGUGAUUUUUUUAUGUUCACUUUCCCUUUUUCCUGUCUUGGCGUUUUAAUGCAUUAUUUAUUUAAUAUUAAAGAAAUACAAUUUUAUACUCUGACUUGAGCUGGUACAUUUUUCUUGACACCUUUCUUAAGUAUCCUUUUUCAAAAGUCUGCAACAUCUGAGGCUAAAGCUGUUUAGAAACACUGAAAAAUUCAGUUAUGUAAUAUUUUAAGUCCCUGGAUGAAAAUAUAAUGCUUUAUCUAUGUGUAAUUAUAUCUUUCUACACAGUAGCUGUUGGUUUUUUUGUUUCAAAAUGCUGAGUCUUGUAUUAAGCCUUUACUGUCUACCAAAGACAGCUUUGCAUUCCUGACAGAAAAUACCCAUGAUGAAGAGUGGAAUGAGUGGCUUCAUCGCUAUGUAAACAGUUUGUGAUGGUUGCUUUGCUGCUUGCUCAUAACUUUAUUUUUGUUGUACUACUCACUGUAGGGCAUGGAAAUCCUAGCAUGCACCAGGUCUCUGCUGAAGACUUCAUAACAUAAGAAACUCUAACAAGAAUCUUAUUUAUGUUAAAUAACCCAACGGGCUUAUUGACUAAUGCUUUGUUUUAGAUCAAACAGUAAUAAGCAUGUUCAUCCUAUUACUGUAGUGAUUAAAAAAUGCAAUAGUGGAUGAUACCACUGUCUUCUAACAUUUUUCAGUGUGGGAUGCUUUGGUUUUCACUACUGAAUAUUUUUUGUUCUUUAGUAUCACACAUGGCCAAUGAGUCGAGGCCCUGCCCAUGUGAUAUUGGAGACAGGUUUGACUAUGGAGGCCGUGGGCAGGAGGUACAAGUUGGGCAUAUCAAGGCAUAUGUCUGCAAACCUUCUGCCAGCACCGACAGAGCUGUGAUUGUGAUUCAUGAUAUAUUUGGAUGGCAGCUCCCUAACACCAGAUACAUAGCUGACAUGCUAACAGCUAAUGGAUACACAGCCAUCUGCCCAGAUUUUUUUGUGGGACAAGAAGCUUGGAAACCUUCUAAUGACUGGGCAACUUUCAAUGACUGGGUGAAAACACGAGAUGCUGGCAAAACAGACAAAGAAGUUGAUGUUGUCCUCAAGUAUUUGAAGGACCAGUGUGGUGCAAAGAAGAUUGGUGUCAUUGGGUUUUGCUGGGGUGGAGCAGCAGUGCAACAUCUGAUGCUGAAAAAUCCUCAUUUACAAACUGGAGUGUCCCUCUAUGGAGUGAUCAGCCGUUUUGAGGACAAACACAGUUUGCUGCAUCCUACCUUCUUCAUUUUUGGUGAGAAGGAUGACAUUAUUCCAUUGGAGCAGGUCGCCUUGCUGGAGCAGAAGCUUAAACAAAACUGUAAAGUUGAUUAUGAAGUUAAAAUUUACCCCGGACAGACACAUGGGUUUGUGCAUCGCAAAAGAGAAGAUAUAAAUCCUCAAGAUAAACCUUACAUUGAGGAAGGAAGAAAGGAUAUGAUCAACUGGCUGAACAAGUAUCUUUAGGUUAAAUUAUUGCCAAUAAAUAAAAUAAAUUGCAGGAAAUCAGAAAAUAAUAUAGACUAUAUUGCUUAAAAUGUUUUUAAAACCAUAAAUACAUUUUGUAAAACUCUUCUGCAAUAACACUACUUAUUUGCACUUACCUUCUAAGCAGGGGCUUAGAAAUGGCUUUUCAAAUGCUGAAAGCAUAAAUGUAAAGAAGGUUUUUAACACUGGUCUUGUAUAUCUUAAAACUAUUACAAUUUCUUGUGGUGUAUUUUCUGGCACCUGAAACUUUAAUUGUUUUAUAUCAAUGUCAACAUGAUUAAAAAUCAUUGAAACUCUGCCCACA